AAUAUCCAUAGAUGCUUCUAGAAAAUUGAUACCAAAUUGUCUACUCCACAAAUAUCCACUCCUCCACCAAUUCAACCAAAAUACCCAAAUCUUCUUUCUCUUGUUCUUCAACAAUCCAUAUUCAAUUUUUUCCUAUUCAUUAAUUCAACUUUAUUUAGCUGCUGUACAUGAUUUAUGGGAGUCGAGGUGAUCAGUCGAGGUGAGUACAAGCUGACUCGAACUGUAAAUUUCUAAAGAAAGUGUGAAUAAUCAAACUACACAUAGACUGUGUGUAGUGUGUGUUAUAUGUGUAGUGUGUGUGUGUUCCUGAAGCUGCAAUGUCACCAAAAACCCUAGAUUCACGUCAAGCUAUUGAAUCCUGUACGUAUCAUCUCCAUUCAUGGAAGCCCUUUCAGCUCCCAAACCCUAAUCCCAAAACCCUAGAUUCCUCUGAUUCACCAAAACCUUACUCUGCACUACAGACUAAGCGCCAAUGUAGAGCGGAUCGAGCUACUUCGAUCCCGAUUGAAACCCUAGACAUGUCGAAAUUGAGCUUAUUUGAUGAUGAUCGCCCUUUAUCGGCUAACAAACGGGAGAAAAAUAAGAAUAAUCUCCGUUUGAUAGCCGGUAAAAGGAGGCGGCGUGGGUCCCGUUCUGUUUCAGGAAGGAGCAGUGAUCGGAGCGGGACAAACCGCCCACGCCGUUGUUGCUCCGUGGGAGCAUCAGCGGCUUAUGGGACUUGUUCUGAUUUUCCUGUAGCUGUUGGGACUGAUUCUAGUGGAGAGUUGUUUGUAAAUGGGGAUAUGAAUUGGACAUUGGAUGUUAGUGAGGUUACUAGGAAUUUGAAGAGAGAGAAAGAAAGUGGUGGGGUUAGUGAGAGAGAGAAUAAUUUUAAUGGUUUAUUAGGGGGGCAAAUUGGGAAUUUUGAGGGUUUGGGGAAUGAAUCAGGGUAUGGGAGUGAACCGGGUUAUAGAGGCGAUGCGGAGUUUGGAUAUGGUGAUGAGUUUGAUGAAGAAGAAGAUGAUCAACAGAGGUUCUCAUUAUGGGGCGACGAAUUUGGAGCACUCUCUAAGAUGGAGAAGGUUGGUGAGAACACAUUACAAAAGGUGCACCAUAGAUGUCGGCGGAGGAAACAAGACUGUAAAAUGGUGAUCGCCUGAGGUUGCUGAUGCUGAUGAAUAAUAUUUAUAGUUUUGACUGUAUUGUUGUAGCUGAUUCCAGGAUUUGACAUUGACAUGUAUGAACGUAUAACGCAUGACACCAUCUUCUGGCUAUAUAGAUUCUUUGUUGUGUACAAAUACAAUCAGUAAUUUAUAGGCCAUUAGCAUUGUACUGUACCAUCACUAUGAAAAUAUAUCAAUAUUGGUUAAAGCAUCGCGCACCUUAUACGUAUUUGGGGUGCAAGAAUCAUGAAUAUAUUCGAAAAAGUUGCUAUUUUUUU